AAUCAAAGGCAAGUGUCUCUGUGAGAGAAACCUCGCAAAAGAGAACUGAGUUUACCUCAGGCGUCACUUCCUUUAGACAGUCUAGGGAGGUGGUCAAAACAGAGCAGUUCACAGAUGUCUGUUAAACACUUCAGUGGCUGCAUAUAUAGAGGGCUACUGGAAAUCUAUUUUUCUGGGAGCUCAAUGGCAAACAGCUCACACAAUAUUUCUUACUUGUGCCAAACAUCCACUACAAGUGUACUUCUGCCCAUUAUCUACACCAUCAUGUCUCUCACUGGCCUGCCUGGGAAUGCUAUUUCUCUAUGGGUGUUCAUGCGCAAGAUCGCCAUCAAAACGUCCACGCACAUCUACCUGAUAAAUCUAGGGAUCUCUAACUUUUUGCUCUGCCUCACCAUGCCAUUCCAGGCUGCAUAUUACUCGCUUGGGACCACAUGGAACAAACACAACACCAUGUGCCGAAUGGCAAUAAAUGGUCUAACUCCAGUGAUCCACGUCAACAUCUGCACUGGCGUGAUGAUACUGAGCUGGGUGGCGCUAAGUCGCUUUGCCUCACUAAUUCAACAUUCCCAUGCUGACCGCCCAAGUCGGUGGCUCAAAGUUCUACCCGGAGCCUUUCUUUGUCGAAAACGGCAAGCAAAACUGGCCUAUGCACUGUGCCUAAUCACUUGGGCUAUAGUGGCCAUAGCAGUCACAUCCUUUGUGGUGCUGUACUCGAUCAGGGAGGCUGGAAGUGCGGAGGAUGGUGAUGGAUAUGAAGUGUGCUACAGUGCAGCGGUGGAGGUCGGAGGGCAAGGAUCUCACAUCUUCGCUCUAGUGGCCGUUUCAUUGUUCUUCUUCUUCUUCCUGCUGGUCUUAAGCGCCUACAUGGCAGUGAUCAGGCACAUCUGGAGGUCCAAGAGAAACACGGUCAUCUCUGACAGGCAGCGAGUCUAUUCAAGGGUGUUUCGGAAUAUUGUUGUCAUUAAGGUCGUGCUGGUGGUCUGUCUCCUGCCGCAUCACAUCUAUAAAGCCAUCUUUAUUAAUAUUGUCAAUGAGCAGUCUUUGUCUACAUCACCAACAACAGAUGCUUGCCAUCCAAUGUCCAUGUACGUGGAGAUAAAGAGCAUCCUCCUCUGUUUAGCAUCUCUGCGAUGUAGCACAGACCCCAUCAUGUACUUCUUGCUGGACAAGAUGUUUCGUAAGCAUGCACUUAGCCUGUUGAGAUUACACGCUAGCUCAAAUGACAGCCAGACAUCGAAGUCUAAUGUGGGACAGUUAUCUCAGGCAACAUCUGGGCAUCGUUAGACAUUACUUGAGAGGAUACUGUACGCUGACACAAAGGAGUCUCAUUGUGAACGAUGUUCCCUCACAGCUGAACAAAUUGCUGCACACACCAAUAAGAAAGCGGAAGUUAAUGGGCAUCUCUUCAACUGGAUUACUUCAGCAUGUCCAUUGUUCUUCAGUAUGGACCUGAAGCUGUGAGAACUCUUGUAUAGAAUUACACAGUGCUGAGAAAUGCUUUAUAAUAGAGGAUAUGUGGGCAGGCGCACAGUGUAACCCAAUGCAAACAAGUAAUAUUACAAGUUGAAGUUCCUAUAUAAUCCCCAGAUAUUUUGAAAAGAGACUACAAAUCAGACAAGAGUUCAUCUGAUGCUUCUGUUCCAAGCUCCAGAUUUGAAGACUUCAGAUGAAAAAGCCUCUAAGUGAGCAUUUUUAUCAAGCUCGUAUGUUUAGGUUCAGUAAUUUCACUUUAAUGGCAAUUAAUAGGUCCUUUUCAUUGCAUUUCAAAUGGGGGUAAUCUUUGAAGGAUGAACAAAUGAUGUUUUGGUCAUCACAUUAAAAGUAACAUAUAAAUAUGAUAAUAUUAGAGUUUUGAAGUGCUGGAAAAAGAUGUGUGUAGUAUUUGAAAGCAUUUUACAAUUCCUGCCAAACUUUUAUGGUUACAGUUAGUGUUACUACAUUAAAUCCAUGACGAAUAUUGUUAAUUUGUGGACUGAAAGCCCUCUAUAACUUGUUCAUUCAUGGGACAAUGUUUCUUCCGGUUUCCACAUCAGCACUGUUCGAUCUGGUGUCUACGGUUUAUAACAGAGAACUCUGCGGCAAAUUUGAAUGCUUAUUAAUUCUGUGGUGAAUUCAAAUGCUUUCUUUUUUCUGUGUAGUAACAGUGUCACAUAUAUGGUGGCUGCCAGAUAGAUGAUGUGGUCUGCAUUAUUUGAUACAACCCACUCCUGGUGCCACGUGGUCAAGUUCGGAUUGCGGUGAAUAGCUUGUGGCUUGCACUGCACUGUCUGACAUUGGUCCGAACUGAUAAAUGGUCCGUGAAGCACAAAUGAGUAGCGCAGCUUCGUUCCGCGUUCAAUACGUUUGCCAUUUGAUUUUGGGCAACGUUGUGCUGGUCGCACCAGCAGGACCGCUAACCAAAUUUAUUUACACUCGCAGGAAAAAUGGUCGCAGUCUGGAGCCCUGGUAGCUUUAAAGAGAUAGCUCAGCCAAAAAAUUACAACUCUGUCAUCAUUUACUCACCUUAAUGUCAUUCUAAACCUGAAUGACUUUUUUCUUCUGUUGUAGACAAAAGAAGAUAUUUUGAAAAAUGUCUUUUUUGUCCAUGAAGUGAAAAUCAAUGUAACCAAACAUUCUUUUGUUAUAUUUUCUUUUGUCUUACACUUAAAGUUAAAUGCAAGUUACUGAUUGCAUUGUGAACAAUUCAUACAUGCAUAUGUUUUUCUUUUAUAAAAAAUUUACCUUGUCAUUUUUAUUAAAAAUGUCGUAACUUGAUCUUCCGGUGAAACAAUAGACCUCUCUGGUGACAUAUGCCGGACUUCUCCAAUCAUUUAGUCCAAUUAAACACCAUCCUUUUCUCAUAAUCGACUACAAACUUGCAUUCAGAUCUGUCCUCCAUUCAAUCAGCAACCAAUGCAUUGAACAAAGUGCCUGCCGUACAUUUUUCUCGCAGUUUCACUCGGGUUUACAUCAUGAUACAGAAGAAAAGAUCUGUUGCUACUUCCGUUUCAUCACGACCUAAAGAAAGUAAGUCAUAUAGGUUUGGAAAGAAAUCAGGGUGAUUAAACGACAACAGAAAUUUCUUUUGUUUUCUGAGCGAGUGUGUGACUGUGAACUAUCACUUUGUGAUUUCUUGCACAUUUACAGCAUGCCACAUUAACUUUUAAUGACUGUAUCCACAUUCCAUUUUGUUAUUCAAACAUGUUACCAUUACAAGACAACUUGUUUCUUUUUUGUUACUUUACAUAUACCUGUUUCCUGUUUCCAUUUGCAUUCUGGUAAUUGUGGUGUGAUAGGCUUUCCAUCAGAUGCGCAAACAGAUUGUGUUCUUGCAAACAGUGCCUUUACUUAUUUGCAGCACAUAUGACAUAUCUAAUGAUGCAUGAUGGACUAGGUAUCCAUCUAUGUUUCUGAUGGAAGCAGCAUUAAAAGCCACUGCUUUACAGACAAUAAAUAUUAAAGUCUCUCAGGAGCUUCAAAGUCUGCAUCAUUACUCCUAUAUAAGAGCUAGAUUAUAGUUGCCUAUUUUGCUUUUGCGCUGUCAAUCUAAUCUCAGCAAGAUAGCUAGCUCCAUAAAGCAUUUUGCCAAAUCUUAAGCAAACUGUAAAAAAAUCUGAAAGUUAAAAGAAAACCAUUUGCUUGGUGUAGCGCCAUAUCAGUGGUGCAUAUGCUAAACAUGUUUCUGUUUCCAAAUAAUGUAUGAAGACUCCGCCUUCUGUAGAGUUACGCCAUUGUAGAUUAAGAGGCACCAAGGAUUUGACGUAAAUUAUGAUACACUGACCUCAGCCAUCGAGAUCAUCUCUGUUCUAAUAAGAUCUGAUUGCCCUGCAGCUGGUGAUGGUAGAUUUGUAUUUCUCUGAGGCAUCACAUUCUGAAUUUAUCUUACAAAUCACAUAUAUAAAGCCAAUACUUAUACUAUAUUCUGUCUAAAGUUUACUAAAAUUUGUCUUUGCAUUAAUUCUGAAGACAGUAAUUAAACCAGUGAUUUAGACUGAUCAAUACCUAAUAUUAUUAUGUAGGAAAACAUAUUUUGAGCAGUAAAAAUAAAUGUAGCAGGGUAUUUUAUUUUCAUGUUUAACUUUUAAUGCUAUAUGUCUUAUAUUUCUUAGGUUUCAAAAGUAUUGUUAUAUCUUUGAGGUUUGUAUUCAAUAGCCUGUUUGCCAAAUCCAAAUAUUGAGAAUAAAGUUCUUAAAAAAAAACAUGCAUAUUUCUUCAAUAUAAACCAAAUGUACUGACUUUAUAACAGCUUUCAUUAACGCAACAGCACUUUUGAAGCUUUUUUCCUAAGAAUCUGUGAGCAUGGUUGAUAUCUUUGUAUUUUCAUCUAUAGGCUGCGAGUCAUGACUGCAUUGCAUUUGGAUCUUAGGCAACUUAUCGUUAUCAUCCUAUAUUAGUUUUGUGUUUAAUUUCCUCCUGUUGACAGCUGCAGACUGUUUAUUAAAAAAGAGAACAACCCUUUAGACAGUUUAUGACAGUGUGUUAUUUUGGGCUUUUUAAAUGACACAUCUUUAAAAUCAAGUGGGGGAAGCUGCAAAGGUGUGAAAACCUAAAAGACGUCAGUGUGUAAACAGGGGUUUGCUAGUCAUCUAAAGCACUAAAAAACCACUGAGCUUACCUUCACAUCCCGGUGAAUGAUGUUGUUGUCGUGGCAGUACCGCAACGCCUCUAGGAUCUGUCUCAUGUAGUGACUAAAGGAAUAGAGAAGAGAGGGGAUGGUGGGAAGGAGAGAAACCCAUAUUAAACUGAAUGGAAUGAAAGUGAGAACUAGGUUUGGAACUAUAUGAUUGUGAGUAAAUGAUGACAGAAUUUUCUUUUUUGGGAAACUAUCUGUUUUAACAUAGGAGAUCUCAGUCUACAUCUUUAAGAAGAGCACAAGAACAGGAAAUGGAUGAAACUGUCCUUAGAGCUGUUUACCUGGCUACUGCCUCACUGUAAACAAAACCAGCAUCUGCUCUCUUCACAAUCUCAAAGCAGAGAUCUGCUCCAUCCAUACUGAAAGACAGAACAAGACAGGAAACUUAUCAGCAAAGUAAAGUCAAAUACUGGCACUAUCAGUUAGGUCAAUUUAUGAUUUAACUUUACAGGAAAUAAAUACAAAUCUAUAAGAUACUAGUGAAAAAUCAAUUUUGUCUGUGACCCUGCCUACACUGAAAUCUCAUUUGUCCAAAAUUCCACAAUAGCUCUAUAUAUUAAACAUCAAGACUGAUUUCAAAAACUGUCGUGUUGCAAUUUCGCAACUUUAAGUGUGGGCAGACUUGUCUCAAGUGUGAAUUUGCAUCUAAAGGCAAAACCAGACCAGCCCAUUAUCUGUGAGGACAAACUGAACUGUAAGUUGUGGACUGAGCCAAUUAUGGCCAAUUUCAGAAAUGAACACUUUUCUGAUUGAAAAUUCUUCCCAAUGCUUUAACACCAAGACCGUGAUGGUGUUGUUUCCAGGGGGCAGCAGAGCUCUGGAAGCUCCUGCUUUUGUGUCGACUCAGGUCUCUAAGGCCUUUAAAGAAAAAUUCCUUGAGAGGCAGCUGCGCUUCUCCAGAUAAGAACUCACACUGCAUGAAAGUUCUUUGAGAAAAGCUCGGCACUUCAGAUAAGCAUACGAGCAUUUAGCAUUUGAGGAAUUAAAAAACUGCUGAGAGAGCAACAGACUCCUCUGGAUAGAGAACAGCAUGUUCAUGCCUUGUUUCGAGAUGCUUUUUAGAGUACACUGACCAAACCUUAUAACAUGUUUCUAAAUAACCUUCAAGACACUGCAACUUUCACACACUAAACCAGACAGAUGUGUUGGACUCUUAUUUUAACUCUGAAGUUCCAAAUGCAACACUGCAUUUGGGUUUCUUGUGAACAGUAUAUGAGUACAUAUGUGUUAACCUUGUCAAUGUUUCCCAAUGCUAUAAAUCCAACAUUUAAAUUCAAAAUGUUUGACUGCAUUUGGGAGUUUACGUGAAUAAAGAAUGAAUGGAAUAAUAACACAAGUGCAGUUUUGCUCAGAAUGAAGGACUUACAACUC